AUGGGCAAAAGUCAACCGUGUCGACUUCAGUCCAAGGACUCCGGGUUUUCGUUCUCUUCCGGAAGCCUGCAGGACUUUAACAUUGGUGAUGCCGACAUUGAUGAAGGGGCUUCGAAUACCUCGGGGCAUCGGCAAUAUGUCUUGGAGCAAAAGGACAUAGCGUUUCAAAAGUUAAUAAAAAGGUUGAACGGUGCUGCUUCGCAAGAGAAGAAACCGGUUGAUCGAAGUCGUGACAGCGGAUAUGAGCCUGAAUCAUCGCGAGCACAGCAACCUCAGCCUCAGCCUACGGGUACGGCUCCUGUGCCCGCUACACGACGACCAACCCAUGGCACAGGAAGGCGAGUCAAGACCGCUUCAGACUUUGCUGUUAGAUACUGGCCUGUGUCGGAAUCGCGGCGAGGGGACCACUCUACCGACUCGACGGCUGGUGAUGCCCCGGAUAAAUACAACUCGCUCAAUCCUAAAGCCAGAGAGUUUCUUUCUUUUUCACAAAAGACAGAAAAUACGUCAUGGAAAGGUCGGCGACCGGCAUUGCUAUCAUUUGAUAUCUCGAUUGACGAGCAAGUGGACGAGUCUUCGCGCCGCGAGGUGUUCCCAUCAGAACCUGAACACAAAGCUCCAGCCGCUAGGGACAAUCAAUUCGUUACUCCAGAUGGAGCGGUACCGGUGCCAUGUAUGAAUACUACGAGUAUUCCUCUCCUUUUUCAGCCAUUUCCCCAUUGUAAUGCGUCUUUCUUGGGUCUAAUUCCACUCAUGCCAGAUGCAUCUAAACCUCUGGUGGCACAACCAGGAGUGUGGCCGACAAGUCAGGCUGGCACAGCUAUACCGGAUACUUGUGGACCGCUUCAACCGAAGAGUUUUAUGCCUCCUAUUACACAAAAUCAAUUGUUCAACGGCCUUGGGUCACCUUGCUCGCAACCUAAGAUCGGCGUGCCGAAUACGAGCAGUAUUCCUCCAGUAGCCCAGACGAACGACUCCCUGCCUCGCCGAGUUCCAAAGCCAAAGCAACCUAAUCCUAAGGAUCAGCAGGAAUAUGAAGCUUGGGUAGAAUGGAGAAAAGCGACUGAGCCGGGCUAUGCAAUGGCCUGUAAGCUUCGACAACAGCGACGGGCUCAGCGUAAUGGACCAAAAGCAAAGCAACACCAGCCCAAACCUGGGUCAGAGUAA